AUGGAAGAUCAAAUCAUCAAUGCUGUUCAAAUAGCAUUAAGUGGUACUUCAGAUCAAAAACUACAACUACAAGCAUAUGAAUUUUUAAACGACGUCAAAAGUUCUAAAAGUGGAUAUAAUACAGCAUUGGAAUUGCUAUCAAAAUCAACAUCAUCAAACAUCAAUAAUGAAUUAAAAUUUUUUCUAUAUCAAGUGAUUGAAGAAAAUGUUCAAAGUUUGAGUCGAGAAGAAAGCCAUCAACUUGUUCAAUCAUUAUUUAAAAUCUUAUCUGAAUUAAUUUCCAAUGACAUCAAAGAUCAAUCAUAUUUAAGAAAUAAAUUUGGUCAAAUAUUUGGGAAAGUUUUCACUCAAGUAUAUAUGAAUAUUUAUCCCGACUUUCUCAAAAACCUUCAUGAAAUAAUUCAAAAUAAUAAUCAGCUAACGUUGGACUAUUACACCAGAAUUUUAAUCAAUAUUCAUUUAGAAAUUGGAGAUAAAUAUAUUGCCAGAUUACCAGAAGUAGCGGAAAGAAAUAUGCUAUUGAAGGAUGCAAUUAGAGAUAAGGACAUGAAUGAACUAGUAUCAAGUUGGUUUGGGAUCUUGGCUCAAGACAAAAACUCUGAAGAAAUACUAGAUAACACUUUAAAUAUUGUAGGUCAAUACGUUGACUGGAUGGAUAUUAGUUUGUUUGUUUCUCCUCAAUACAUCAAUACUAUUAUAGGCUAUCUUAAUAGAGAACAGGAAAGAAACACUACGUGUGACACAUUGAUUCAUAUUUUAUCUAAAAAAAUGCCACCACAAAAUAAAUUAGAGUUGAUUUCAUUACUAAACUUAACAAAUAUUAUAUCAUCAAUUGACAUGUCUGAUGAUUUGGACUUUGUUGAGCAUCUUGCUAAAUUAGCAAAUCAGAUCGGAGAAGAACUUUUGUAUGCAUUAGGAAAUCAAACAGAUAUUAACAAUCAAGUUAAGGAACAUUUAUUCAAAUUAUGGCCAAUUAUUUUAACAUUUUUAAGUCAUGAAUAUGACGAUAUCUCCCAGUGUGUCUUUCCAUUCAUCCAAUCAUUUCUCACGGCAUGCAAAAAGGAUUCACAACUCUUUUCAGUGGAUCUUCUAUCAACACUACUCAACAAAAUUGUUAUAAAAAUGGAAUAUGAUGAUGAAGCAGAUGACGAUGAGGAUUCAGAAAGACAGUUCAAAGACUUUAGAACAAAAUUAAAACAUUUUCAAGAUCUUAUUGCUGUGUUGGCACCAGAUUUGUAUAUAGAGGCCAUACCAGUACUCAUCAAUGAUUCAUUAUUCACAGGAGGGGAUAAAUCUUGGAAUAAGUUGGAAUUGGGUCUUUACGAAUUAAGUAAUUUUUCAGAAAGUUUAAAAAUGAAUUUAAUUAAUGUACCAAAAAAUAAAAUUAAUGAAAGUAAACCAUAUUUAGUUUUUCAAGAUUUUUUAAUUAAACUUAUCAAUUCUUCUUUCAUAGUUGAAGUCAAUCACUCACAAAUUCAAGCAAGCUUUUUUGAAUUAAUAGUUAAACAUUACAGUUUCUUAAAUUCCCAUGCUAAUAGACAAGACUUGAUAUUAAGAAUCUUAGAAAUCUUUACAUCACCACUUGGAUUAUUCAAUGACAAUGAAAGAGUGAGAUUGAGAAGUUGGUAUUUAUUUUUCAGAUUUUUCAAAUUAACUAAACCAAAAAUGGAUAAUGAACAAUUAAUUGAACAAAUAGUCAUUAAAUUACAACCUUUACUUGUCAUAAAAGCGGAAUUGCCAACUAGAGAUGAAGAUGAUGAUGUAGUUGAAAAUGGAAAUUUUAGUAAUCAACAAUAUCUCUUUGAAACAAUGGGACUUUUAGUUUCAUUGAUCCCAAAUGAUUUAAGUGUCUUAAAAGUUAAAUUAAUUGAUGCUUUAUUUCAACCAAUUUUUAAUGAUUUGGAGAAAUGUAUUUCAAUGGACAAGGAACCAAUUGUUGUAUUACAAGCUCAUCAUUCUUUAAUGGCUUUAGGGACUAUAGCUAGAGGUUAUGAUUAUGAACUGAAUUUGAAAUUUACACCUGAAGUAGUUGAAAAAGUGGACAAUGCAGCUCAAGUAGUUUCAAUUACAUUGGAAAAUUUCUCAAAAUUUGAAAGUAUAAGAGACGCUUCCAGAUUUGCGUUUGCAAGAUUCAUCCCCAUAUUAAACAGCUCAAUUAUCAGUGGGCAUUUGACAAAAUUAAUCACAAUCAUUUGGUCAUCAUCAAAUUUGAAAAUUAAUGAAAUUAGUGACUUUUUAAGUUUCUUGGGACAAAUUGCUCAUAGUUAUCGUACUGAUGAAAAUAUUUAUCAAUUACUAAACAAUUUUUUGACCCCGUUAUUUUCCAAAGUUUUUCAAUCAUUGGAUUUACCCGUUUCAGAAGAUGAAAGUCAAAGACCAGAUAUUUUAAGAGAUAAAACCUUACUUAAAAAAGCCAUACUCAAUUUCUUAAGUGCAAUUAUAAUCAAUAAUUUAUCUAGUUUAUUGAUUACUGAAAGUAAUAAGAAUGAAUUCCCUACGGUUGUUUCUAAAUUAUUUGAAUAUGCAUAUGACUUAAGUGAGACAGCAGUAUCCAAGCUAGCCAUUCUUCAGCUAGUUAAUUUAGUUAAUGUAUUUGGAGACGGUGGUAAAAUCACAGAUGAACGAGACAAAUACGGACAAUCAUUACCAGCUGUUCAAGGAAUUGAUGAGUUUUUAAUGGAAAAAGUAGUAAAUUUAACAUUUGAAUUACCUUUUCGAAAGCAAGAAUUUGUAUUAGGCGAUGCUCAAUAUCGACUCAUAGCACAAGAUUUGGCUACAUUAUUAAAAACUUAUCAAUUGAAAAAAGGACAAAGUUUUAUAGAAUAUCUUUCAAGUUAUUUAACAAGUAUGGGUUUAAAUUCAGAAUCAUUAAAUGAUUUUUGCUCCAACUUGAUCAACUUGGAUAUUAAGGACUUUAAAAAGUACUUUGUAACUCUCAUCUCUAUGUUAGAUGCAUUAAUUUUUCAGAUCAAUAUUGAAUUAGGAACAAGAGUUCACCACGCCAUCAAUAUGCCUAAGAACAAGAGUGGAGAUGAGGUACCGUAUCCACCUAAAGACGAAGAAGAAUUACAAUUGGAGAAAUUAGUUUUUGGAGAUAUUGCAGGACUCGAAAACAAUUUAAGAAAAGUUGGCAGUCUAUUCGAUUUUGAUGAUGAAGAUGAGGAAGAAGUUGUGGAUAAUAGCGAGAACUCAGGAGAUGAAAGCGAUGACAUAAACGACGUACAGGAUGAAGAUUUGUUCUUCAUUGAUGAAGGAAAUAAUGAAGAUAAUCUGGAAGUUGACGAUAUGGAAGUUGAUGAGAUUGAGGAUGAAGAAAGUGAAGAAGAAAAUGGACUUUAUGAAGAAGGUGAUGCAUGGGUGGAUAGUGAUGAUGAAACAUUUAAUAUAUCACUAACAUCGUCUGAUCGAUUGAAAAAAUUAAGGAAGACUCCUGAAGAUAAUAAUAUAUCUGGAAAAUCAUAUAUUAUAAGAUUACGAUCUCAAUUUGAAAAGAUAUAUCCAAGACCACUUUGGGCAGACAAAUUUGGUCAAGAUAAUGAGGAGAACAGCUCCGAUGACGACAUAGUCAUUGACGGUGCUGAAGAGGAUGAAGAACAGAUAGGUAUAAAUGCCCAAACAAAUACUAAGAAACUUAAUAAACUUUUAUCAACAACUCAUCAAUUUUUAACUACAAAACAAUUAAAACUAAUAUCACCAUCAAAUAUAUCAAUCACGAGGUUGAAAGAUGCAAAUUAUCAAAAAUAUUCAAAAGCAGCCAUACAAGCACUUUCUUUUCAUCCAACUCACUCCAUACUUUUGACCGCAGGUUUUGAUAAAACUAUACGACUUUACCAAAUAGACGGGAAAACAAAUAAUUUUAUAACUUCAUACUACUUGAAAAAUUGUCCCAUAAUGAAUUGUCAGUUUUACCCGAACCCGAAUGAGAAGAUCAUAUAUGCGGCAGGUAGAAGGAAAUAUAUGAAUAAAAUAAACUUACAAACAGGAGAAAUUGAGAAGAUCAGUAGGAUGUAUGGACAUGAAGAGAAUCAAAAAUCAUUUGAAAGUUUCAAGAUUAGUAAUAAGGGAACGUAUAUUGGAAUGAUAGGAAAUUCGGGUUGGUUCAAUUUGAUAAAUGGUAUAACUGGUCAAUGGAUUAAAGGCUUUAAGAUAGAAGGUACAGUUGUGGAUUUUGAUUUUGAUCAUGAUGAAAAAUUUGUAGUAGUCGUGAAUUCUGCUGGGGAAGUAUGGGAAUUUUCUUUGACUGAGAAGUUAACUUCAAAAUCAGAGAAUAAAGUUUUGAAAAAAUGGUCAGAUGAUGGCGGAGUAGGAAUUACUAAAAUAAAAUUGGGAGGCAGAAACUCAAGAUGGGUUGCCAUUGGUUCAAAUAAUGGUUAUAUCAAUUUAUAUGAUAGAACGUUAUUUACUGAUAUCUCAAAUCCAAAACCAUUUAAAACUAUCGAAAAUUUGGUCACAUCAAUAUCGACAUUAAUAUUCAACGCAGAUGGUCAAAUUUUAGCAAUUGCAUCAAGAGCCAAAAGAGAUGCAUUAAAACUUGUACAUGUUCAAACAGGAUCUGUAUAUAGUAAUUGGCCCACAAGUGGAACCCCAUUGGGAAAAGUUACAAGUGUUACAUUUUCACCAAAUAAUGAAAUUUUGGCAAUAGGAAAUGAAGCAGGUAAAGUUACCUUAUGGAGAUUAAAUCACUAUUAG